GUCUCCACUGGGAGCCCACCGGUCACACACCUUUGGGUUCUGGCGGAGAGUCCAGGUCUUCACACUCGGACUGGUUCCUGAUCCCGAAGCUGCAGAGGAUCCGGUUGAGGUCGGUGGAAUUUAGCAGCAGGUCCGUCAGCGUGGAAGUUUCCAUGGCGCGCGAGGUCAAUCCAACACUGGUUAUUAAUAAUGUUAAUAAUAUCAAUAAUAUUAGUAAGACCAGAGAGCCGCGGAGACAGAGGCUCUGAACCGGUCUGAACCUGGACCCCGACGGAGAGGAUGAGGUCUGUCAGACAUGGUGGCCGCGAGGUCGAGUUUCCGCAGAUGGCGACGCGGUCCUCCGUUGCUAGGUAACCACGGAGGGAGGCUGCUGCUGUUUUCCGGGGGAAGUGGACCAGUACCGCCGAAUCUCUGCAGGGAUGAUGGACGGGCGGAAGGAGCGCGAGCUGUCUGCAGAGAUGAUUGACGGGGGCACGGAGCGCGAGCUGUCCGCCACAAUCGCCCAGCUCGUGCAGCGGCUGAAGGGAAGCCACCUGCACUCCCAGCUCGAGCGGCGGGCCAAGGACUGUCUGCACCAGCCCGAAAUCAAACUCGAGUCUCUGAAAGAGGACGUGCGUCACUUCCUCAGAGUGUCAGGCUGGGAGAAGAAGCUGCAUAAUGCGGUUUACAGGGAGAUGCACGUCCAGCCCCCCCUCAGCCUUCUGCCCACCCCCCCCGAGCAUCGGAAGGAGCCCCUGCUCUACAUGCGCCUCGCUCAGGCCAGCUGGGAGAGGCGUGUCCUGAAGAGCCUGAGCAGCAUGAGCUCAGAGCUGGGCGUCCCAUUGGCCCGCAAGCGGCCUGCUGCUGAGCAGAAGGAACUGGCCAACAAGUGGAACGAGAUGAGUACGGACGAGCCAGAUCUCAGUCAGUUCAGACCCGUCUACGCCCCUAAAGACUUCCUGGAGGUGCUGAUUGGCCUCCGGAACCCGAACCACGACCACAGCGAGCAGGUCAGCACCCGGAGCCAUUGGGGCCUCAUCCAGCUGCCCCUAAGUGUCAGAGACGUGGUCCAGAUGAGAGAGAUGUACUCCGAGCUGGGCCUGACGUCUGGACAGCUGGGCAUCGACGAUGAGGCUAACCUCCAUCCAGACGUGUUUGAGAGCCAGCACGUCGAGGUUGGUAAGAAAGGUAAGCUGAAGGCUCGUUGUCCUAACUCUGCGAGUCUAACUCUGAGACUAUGUACUGAGAGAUGUAUAUUUCUAUAUUGUUAUACGUGAUGACCUCUUGUCUUGUAUGAACAUGUGAGUGGUCAGCUGAGUGUGUGGCGAUGCUUUAACCUGUUGCACGUUGGCCCACAGCAGGUGAACCGAGCCCUAGAGUCCACUCAGUCUGACUCGGGCCAGGUGAGGCUGCUUCCACCGGCCGUCCUCCACACUCACUA